UAGAACACAAUUUAUUUCCUGCACUCAAUUGGAUCUUAAAACAACGUCUGUCGACAACAGAUGUCAGGCUUGCCGAGGAGCUGCUGUUAAUAACUAUUUAAACCAAAAGUCGAUCAUCUGAAAAUAAAUUCAAGAUAAGUUUGUAAUUCUGAUGACCCGAUGGUUGCAGAUCAUCGAUGCUAGUUGGUUAACAAGCAUCUAGCUAGCAAAAGAACAGCAAAGGAGACGUAAUCGGUGUGUUAAAGUAAUAUUGUUCGUGUCUUCGUCAUCAUGUCUGGACCAAAUGGCGAUCCAAAUAUCUCCACUGACAAUGGGAUUAUUGACGACGAGGACGAAUUUGGCGAUGAGGAGUACGCUGCCAUAAACUCCAUGCUGGACCAGAUCAACUCCUACCUGGAUGACCUGGAGGACCGGAACGAUGCACUUAAUGGAAAACUGCACGAACUGCUGGAGUCGAACCGGCAAGCUCGCCUUGAGUUCAGGGCCCAGAUUCUUGAGUCUCAAAACCAAGAGGAGCAGUCCAUCCAGGGGGGGGACCAAUCUGCAGAGCUGUCAGCUUCUCCGUCCAACAAGGAAGAGCAAAAUACAAACAAGGGCUCAGAAAUUAAUGAUAAGAGUGCAUAGAUCUGCUAUUUUUAGUGUGGAAAGACAGAGAAGGUGGCUUCAACUCCUAAUCUAUGCUGAACAAGCUAUCUUUAGUCCAUAGCAGUCAUGUGCUUCAAUGGUUUCCCAGAUUACAUUCCAUCUUUUCCUCUUUGGAUGAUUUAUGACACAUUGGUAGUGGUUCCUGGUCAGAUUUUUACUGACCUGCAUCAUUUGCUUUGGAAAAAGCUCCCUGCUUUGUAAUUAUUGUAUGCAAAUAUAAAUAACCCAGAUGCUUGUG